CAAAAGUCUUCUUGCCAUCCCUAACUCCAUUAUUGCUUUGCUAAUCCUAAUCUCUCUCAUAUUUCAAGAAAAACAGUAUGGAAAGUCCUCUGUAAAGGAAAGAAAUGGGAAGGCUCAAUCAUGAUCCAAGAAUCCACCACUUCAGCCACCCUCAUCCCCUAGAGCUAUCAAACAACAACCUUCAAUCUCUAUCUCCACAUACAACUCCAUGUUCAGCCUGUAAGCUCCAGUCUUCUGGGUGGAUAUACUCUUGUAAGCCCUGCAACUUCACCCUCCACUUGUCAUGCAGCCAACUUCCCUCUUUAAUCAAACACCCAGGCCAUCCCAUCCACCCGCUUACCCUCCUUCCCACCCCAGCUUACCCAGGUGGAGCUUUCAACUGUGAUGGUUGUGGCAGCGAUGGCCAUGGCUUCAGCUACCACUGCAACAAAUGUGGCUUUGAUAUUCACGCUACUUGUGCUCAAAACCCACUUUCACUUGCCCAUCAAUCUCACCCUCACGCACUGCAUCUCACCUUUCACCCUCCUUACCACACCAAAGGCUUCUCCUGCGAUAUAUGCCAGAAGAUCGGGUCUAAUCACUGGCUCUACCGGUGUGGUCCAUGCGAGUUUGACGCUCACUUGGAGUGUGCAAUGAGUGCUAAUGUUAUGCCAAGGGGUCAGGCUCAGACUCAGGCUCAGGCUCAGGCUCGUUUUCAGCGAUGUCUGAAUUUCCCAGGAACGAAUCAUCAAUACCAGCAACAUGAGAAUAGAGUUCUUCCGCCUUCUAUGCAGGGGAAUAAUGGUACAACUGGUGUGGUGGAUGUACUGGUUCAAGGGUUUCUGGAUGGAGCUGCACAUCAGAGUUUUGUGCAAAGCAGCAUGGGUGAUGGCAGCAGCAACAAUGGUGAUUCUUUUGCUGCUGCUGAUUCUUCCUAUUCCUUAGAUCUAUAGUUGAUCUUGAAUCUGAUUUGCAAAAUUAGAAGAUUGGAUUGAUGCCUUCAAAGAUGCAAGAAUCACAAAGGGUGUUGCGCGGUUUUCCUUUAAAUAUAUGGGUGGUCUGCUUUAUCAAUGAACGUUGGAGAUGGGCGCAGGCGCACAACCAUUGGUAAACAACUUCUGCAAUCACUCAACAAAAGAAAUAGAAUUAGAUCACUUACUUGUUCAUAUACAUGCUGAAUACACCAUAGGCAUGUAUCAAAUCAUAUGUCCUGGGGUACGUAUCAAAGGCCUCACACCUGCAAGUAAGAAUUAUUAAACUGUUCAUUAUUUCACCUUGAAAAAAAAAAAGGAAUUAUUAAUUGUUCUGAAGUACACCUUAGUUCUUCAGCUAAAAUACCUAGAUUAAUAAAUAAGAAAUUUUAGAAAUACAAGAAAAUUUUCUGAUAAA